AUGCAUGAUAAAGAUAAAUCCUCAAAAGUGGUGUCAAGGUUGACUCUAAGGGUUUUAACAGCUAAAUUAAAAUGAAGCAGAAUAAGUUGAAAGGCAGCUAGAUGGUGCCCUUUGGAUCACCGUGGAAAUGCAGAGCUGGAAAGACAACUACUGAUGCAGAACCAGAUGAGAGAGAGACAAACAGCCAUGCAGAUUGCUUGGACACGGGAGUUUCUCAGAUAUUUUGGAACAUUUUUUGGACUUGCUGCUGUAGGUUUAACAGCUGGAGCAAUAAAAAAGAAGAACCCAGGAGUUUUACUGCCAAUAGUUCCCUUAAGCUUUAUAUUUGCCUAUCAGUAUGAUAUGGGCUAUGGGACACUAUUGCAAAGGAUAAAAGGUGAAGCAGAGAACAUACUGGACACACAAAGCACUUUGCUAGAAUUGCCGAAAGGACCAAUCACUUAUGAAGACCUGGAGAAAAUCAGGAAAUCUCAGAGCAAGUUCUUCAUAGAAAAAUAG